CUCCUUCAAUACAAUCUCACCAUUCUCUUUACAACACCUACUCAUUGUCAUUUCACUCAGGUCUGUAUCCCAAAAACCCCUGCUAUUCCGGGUCUCGGCUAUCUCCGUUGUCCCAACCUUCACCCCAUGCCAGAACCCCCAGAACACCCCGUUCCGAGAUCAAGUAGUUGCCACAGGGUUUUCAUUAUUCCUGGGAAAUCACUUGAACUAACUCCCUCAGGUUUUAAAGUAGUCGCACUCCUAUCCAUCCAUACCAUAUUCCUUUAAACCUCCUUCCUCAGUGACAAAGAUGGUUCUCCACAACCCCAACAAUUGGCACUGGGUCAACAAGAACGCGAUCGAAUGGGCUCAGGCAUAUUUCUCCGAAAAGCUCACCGGACUUUCUGCGAGCAAAGGAGAAGUAUCUGCCCAGAUUGACAAAGUUCUGAGUGUUGAGGGUGAUUGUGACGUUUCCCAGAGGAAAGGGAAAGUCAUUACCUUAUUCGAUGUCAAGGUCCGCCUAGAAUUCUCCGGUGAGUACAAUUGAAUUAUACUCUAGUUGCAUCGUCGACGGCGAAAAACUCACCCACACGAGUAAACAGGUGUCGCGGCCGAAGGUGAAAAGGUCACAGGGAGUAUUACAAUUCCGGAAGUUGCCCAUGAUACCGAAGAGGAUGAAUAUGUGGUAUGUCUCCGGCCCAAGGCCACUACAUGAUACACCAUCUAAUCACUCAAAUAGUUUGAGAUCAGUGUUUACUCGGACAACAAGGAGAAGCAAGCUGUCCGUGAUUUAGUGCGCAACGAUAUCGUCCCUCAACUCCGCAAGGCCCUAGCUGGUUUUUCCGGUGAUCUUAUCGCUGAACAUGGUAAAGAUAUCCAACACGCCUCAGGCUCUGGGCCUGCUUCCGGCACUUCUACGCCCAAGCCUGUCCCAAUCUCUUCAUCGACAUCUCACGCCGCUUCCUCGAAAACAGAGCCCAGCCAGACGGAGACUGGGCCAAUAGUCAACACGGUGACUUUAAAGGAUGAUAUCGAAUUCCAAACUUCGGCUAAUCAACUCUACCAAACUUUUGUUGACCCUCAACGAGUAGCCGCGUUUACUCGGGCACCACCGCCGGAAUUUGAGCCAAGGGAGGGAGGUAAAUUUAGUCUGUUCGGUAGGAACGUUGAGGGCAAAUUUAAACAACUGGAUCAAGAUAAGAAGAUCGUCCAAACAUGGAGAUUGGCCGACUGGCCAAAAGGUAAGCCCUGGACUCUACCGACAUUGUGACCUUUUCGUUGUCAUCUAUAGAUGGAAGUGCGAAACGGUUGUGUAUGCUCCCUCUUUGCCGUUAUGCUCAUCGGCGUGCUCAAUAGGUCACUACUCAACCCUUACCCUUGUGUUCGACCAAGGCACAGAUUCCACCAUGUUAAGGCUCAGUUGGGAUGGUGUUCCCGUCGGCCAGGAAGAUGUCACUAGGAGAAACUUCGGAGACUAUUAUGUCAGGAGUAUCAAGACAACAUUCGGGUAUGGGAAACACCAUCCCCCUUGUGCAUUUUCUUCGUCCUUUUUCAUUUCUUUAAGUUGCGUUCCUCUGGUUGGUUUCGUGUUGGCAUGGCUUCUUGUUCCCAUGAUAAGAUAUUAGAAGAAUUGUAUGAGAAAUAUGGGGGGGGAGGUGUGGGGACAACGCUGUAGCUCUAAGAGACGAGGCUGACUGAUGGCAACUUCCGGGCUGUCCGGAGGAGGCGGUUGUGCGAAAUAGUUUCGGCGCCAUUCUGUAAAAAAAUGAGAUGUCUCCAGGUUCGGACAAAGCGGUGAAAGUGCGUAUACCUUUGUUGACAAGAUGGAUCCAGUCGAAUGGUUGGGAAUGGUUGGGAAUGGGGGCUUGGUUAUGGAGGCGGGAAAGCUAGGGAACUCUUGA